AUGUAUCUCGUAAAGAAACUAAAAUUUUCUAAUAAAGCUUUUUUUACCAGCAUUCCUAACGCACACUUUCAUCAUAAAAAAAUCACGGAAAAAAUUAUAUCCAUUCUAAUAAAUACUCAUUCGGGGGAUUAUGAUAAUGCAAUUAACACGGCAGCUGAAUUAUACGCGGAAAAGUCAUAUAAUACUGAUGAUUCUCUUCUAACUUUGCCGAAAGUGUCCACUUCACAUAAGACACCGCCGACACCGCUUGAAUGGCUGGUGCAUAUUUUGGCGGGAGACGCUCAAGGUUUGAAAGGAGAAUGGGAAGAAGCGAUGAAAGAAUUCAAUAUUGCUAUGACACUAAAGUCAUGUUUGAAGGACAACUGUUUUAUGGAGUCGUUAUAUUAUAGAAUUGCCAAUGCACAAAUAGAGAUUAGUAAACGAGUUUCGGAGCUUGACACAUCACUUGAACAUCUAUUGCGUUCAAAACAGAUGGCAAGUACCGGAUUAGUUCAUUAUAAUAAUUCGCAAAUAUUGAAUCAUUUAAAGGGAUCAUCUCUUCUUUUACUUAAAGAAUAUAAGUCAGCGCUCAAUUGCUUUUCAGAAUCUGUUCUCAAUUCAACUGAGAACGCUCGUGAGCAUAUGUUUUAUGAUUCACGAUGGAUUCUUGUAAAAUCGAUGAUUGGAAUGGGUUUAGCUUUGCAUUCUUUAAAUGAUUACCCAAAAGCAUUAGAAGCAUACAGGCGAGGCUUAAAACUGAUUGAACAAACACGCGAUUAUAACAAUUUCAAUAAUUAUAAACAGAACAGUACAGAACAUAUAAUGCGCGAAUUUGGCAAUAUAAACCAUGGCGAAAAUUUGAUUAACAAGGCAUUAGAUUGGUGUUGGUGGACACGGCCUGGCAUCCUUAAAGAACUUCAUCUUCAAAAACUUGAAACAAUCACUUUAUAUAAUAUGCAAAUUUUGAAGUAUUAUGAAUUAUUUAAUCAAAAAACUCCACAGAAUAAUCACCGUAGCUCAAAUAAUAACAUACUUUCGGGUUCUUCUCUCUCAUCCUCAUCUAUUUUUGAAUCCAAAAUUACAACUAAGCCAAGAAUUCCUGUUGAUCCAAAAUCAAUAUUAACACCAACUCACUUAUCAAAACUACUUCAUCUCGCUGGCUAUUAUCAUCUUUUCAAAAAUAACGAUUACCAUGCCGCAUACAAAAAAUUCUUGCAUGCACAGUUCCAGGAUGCUAGUAUUCUGGAAGGUUGGCUGGCUAGACGAGAUAUUCUUGAUAGUAGAUAUCUUCUAAAAGGCGAUUCCUCCAUUAUUAAUCAAAAUAACGAUUUUUACAAUGAUGAUAUUGAUAUUAAUGGUUCGGAGGUUGAGUAUGAAGAUUUGUGUAUAACUGAAGAAGAGGAUAAGAGAAUGAUAGAGCACGAAUUGCUAACAGAUGCUUCCUCUGCACAAAGCUCAACCCGAUUUGCCAUGAUCAAUGAUGUAAUUAUGAAAAUGAUGCGAGAAGAAUGGGGUGGUAAUUUUGAAAGGAAACAGGGGGUGAAGGAACGCAUGGUCGAAUCUUUUGUUGAAAAUAUUGCGGGCGUUGAUCUGAUAACUUAG